AUGGCCUGCGCGAUCCCCGGACUCAAGCUCUAUGGAUUAUUACCUAUGGGGCCAGUCAUUAGUUUACACUAGGCUAUACUAUAACUAUCUAAAACUGUAAUGACUCAUCGAUGUUCACGUGAACAUCACUUAACUACCAGUAGUCGGCUGUUCAUAGGCGGGGUAUGAAUGUUUAACAUGGGUGAACUAGAUUUGUCACAUGCUUAAUAAAGAGUGGUUUGAAACAUAUUGUAAGUAAAAAAUUUGGGAAUUACCUUUAUUCAUCGUAGCUUCCACUUACAUCUGACAGUAAUAAACUGUCGCUAUCGCUUUCCUCGUUGAACUUGACUAUAACUGGCUCUAUGAUGGUGUCCUUCACAACAUGACGGAUAGCAUUCUGCCAAGCUUCGGGCGUUACUAGCUGUAUGGAAGUCUCAAGUAAAACCUUAACGUCUGGUAAUUUGAAGGUUGUGUUAUGACGCGCAAUAUAACCCUUCACUUGAGCCCAGAUGAGCUCUAUUGGGUUCAGUUCACAGUGGUAGGGCGGUAACCGCAGCACAGUGACACCACAUUGACGGGCCAUCUCAUCAGUCACGUAACUAAUGUUCGCAGGUUUGUGCGGUUUAAUUUUUUCAUACAAUUCCGCUUUCACACAUGAAUCGUCAAACGGGAUUCCUUUUUCGCGCAACCAGUGCUGCAUGUCACUUUUUCGAGUUCCCAUAGUCGGUACACGUUCGGCUCGACGACUAUGGUAGGAAGCAUUAUCCAUGACGAUCACAGAGUUGGGCUCAACUCGCUGAAGCACCCCUUGAAACCAGCUCUCGAAGCAGCUGGCAUUCAUUUCGUCAUGGUAAUCACCUCCUUUCUUAGAGACGAAAAUCAAGUCACACUCUUCUAAAAAGCCACAAUCGCUACCAAUAUGAGUAACGAUCAAUCUUUGACAUUUCCCUGACGGUCCACGAAGACCUGUUGACAAACCUUCAAUGCUUGCUUGUCGGUUACUCGCUACGUUUUUGUCUAUCCAGGUUUUUUAACUGUGUGACCUGCAUUUACCCAUGUCUCGUCCAAAUAAUUUUUCUGCUUUGUCGCCUAUAUUCAAUCAUUUCGCGUAGGUAUUUUCGACGCCAGGCGACUAUUUCAGGUCUCUCUAUCAAUACUGACUUUCGAUUGCGCGUUUCGUAACGAAAAUUAAUUUCGUGCAGGGAUUUCCUCAUUACCUCGAUGCUCAUUUGGGGUAUAAUUUCAUUUUCCUUGAUCGCUGCAUGUACAGCCUUGAGGGUUGGUAUCUCAUUCCUAAAGAAGAAUGAAUGUACGGUUCGCCUUAACGCCAUUUUGCUAUCGUCAUCCAAUUUAAUGGCCUUUCGUCCCUUCAAAUUAAACUUUGGAUCGGUAGUAGCUCCAGUUUUCUUCUUUUCAUGCACCACCCUGCGAAUGGUCCACUCUGGAACGCCUGUCAUACUUUCACAACGCGCGAGUGCAUCUCCCUGCGACAUAGUUCUGUUCAGAUAAUUGAACACGUUGAGCACGAUUUCUUUCGCGUCCCUCUUCAGUGCUUUACGAAGCCGUAUACUUGUUCCCUGGCUUUCAGUACUUCCACUGGUGCCAUUUGUACUCUCCAUGGUUAAGUAUAACCAAAACAGUAACCACAGAAACCACAACAAUAACAAUCACACAACAAUUCUUAUAAAAACACACAAUAUGCGAUCGCUCAACGAAACACGUUCCAAUGCGUUGCCGACGCCUUGAGUCUGCCGGUCGAGGCGCGUCUUUGAUUUCAUUGGUUCUACCGGCGGAGAACAUUCAGCCAUUAUUUCCAUCUAUGUCUGUGCUGUUGACCACCGCAAAACCACAGAAACGACAUAUAUGUCGUUCGCUAUACGGCUGUACUGGAAGGAAGCCGGGAUCGAGCUCAGAUCACGUGUUGAUCACGCGUAUGAGUCAUUACAGUUUUAAAUAGUUGUAGUAUAGUGGAAGAUGUGGACGAUUUAGAAGAUCGGAUGAUUGCUGGGUCUAACUCAAUAAGAAACAACCCUGAUGUUUUCGAAAGAAUUGGGCAGUUGAUGAGGUGAAGGUUGGAUAGGUGUAUUAGAGUUGGUAGCCCAUGCGUACAGCUCUUGUAGAUUAAAUUGUUAUUAUCGUUGGAAAUUUAUUUCGCUCUGUAUCUUCGCAAUAAAACGGUUUUUCAAAUAUAAUUAAAAGGUAUAAUAUCCUAUUUUUGCCACAUCUGUACUAAUUAUAUAAACUGAAGAGAGUAAACAUACUAUAGUUCUAAAGUACCGGAGGCUCUAGACUGCGCAGUUUCGGAGGUGGCCGCUAGAUGGCGCUAGUUGUUGCCCUCGGUGGCGCCACAACGUGGGCUGGGGAAUUUUUUGUACAUUUAUCACUGUAUGUGUGCAAUUUGUUUCUCUCAGAAAAUACCUAUUAAACC